AUGGCUGAAUAUACAGCUGUGAAAGGGGAGGAUGGUCCUGAUGAGGCAGAGAUUUUUACAUUAGUUCAGUUAUCAGAGAAUAAGAUUGCUCUUAAAUCAGGUUAUGGACGUUAUCUUGGUGUUAAUAGUGCUGGUGAGGUGAUCGGUAAAUCUGAAGCAGUGGCUUUACGAGAACAAUGGGAGCCGGUAUUUGAAGAUAGUAGAGAUGGUUUAUAUGACGCAAUUGGUGCUGGAAAACUCCAUGAAGCAUUAUUAGACAGGAGAGUCAAAAUGAAAGCCGAUAGAUAUUGUAAAUAA